CGAAAAGCCCAACCUUUUUAAAUCUUUUCUUCUUCUUCUUCCCUCAAAUGGUAUAAUCCUCAUUACCCAAGAGCCCUUGUCACGUGACCUCUCUUCUUUCCUCUCAAUAUAUACAUAAAGAGAUUCUAACAACAGAGAACCCCUCUGCAAGCGAUGUUGAUGUUGUUGUUGUCACAGAGCAACAGAACAACAAUAAUACAGGUACGUCUCUCAUGGCGUCUCUCACACCAGGGGUGCUUUUGAAGCUACUCCAGCACGCCAGCGAUAGAAACUCCAAGGUCACCGGUGAGCAUCGGUCCGCUCUCUUGCAGGUGCUCGAGAUAAUCCCAGCCCUUGCCGCCGGCGAUGAUCCCUGGCAGAGCACGGGUUUCUUCCUGAAGGUCUCUGAUUCCUUGCAUUCAGCUUACGUUUCUAUCUCCGAUGAAGACUUAGAUUUGAUCUUCAGCGACAAGAUCCAGCUGGGUCAGUUUCUUUAUGUCUCUCGCCUUGACCCGGGCUCCCCUGUUCCUGUGCUUCGUGGUAUCAAACCUGUCCCCAAGAGACGGCCUUACGUUGGUAACCCUACGGAUUUGGUAUCCAUCAACUGUUUAUCAAUUCGACCCAAUGUUGAUUUCUCGGCGAAAGUAAGGAAUUCCCCCAAGAAAGAUGGAUGGAAGAAGACGAAGGUGAAGAGGUCGUCAGAACUUGAAGACAACUCCAGGUCGAGACUAGGAGAUUCGUUGGGGAGUAAUGCCAGGGUGGAGGACCUGGAGUUGAGUAGACCGAGCUUGGAUUCGAUGCGUAGGGGAUGGGACAAGAGCCCUGGGUCCAAGAGUGCGAACGGCAUACGUUCCCCGUCGAGUCUUAAACCCAAAGACAUCACCGGUUUCUCGGAUACUGCUUCUGUUCUUUCUGAUAAGGCUUCUUCAAGUAGCAAAUCAGUUCUGAAGCAUCGUAGUUUGAAUAGCUCACCACCAUCAAAUGAAUAUAAUGGCUUGUCAUUGAAAAUACCAAAUGGACCAUUAAGAAGAGACAUCAAGUCUAAGGAUGGAAAUAGUCCAUCCCGUCUUGUUAAGAUUCCUGUUAGCUCCAAAAGUUUGUCAGAUCAAGACAUUUUUUGGGGGUCACUGCCAUCUAGUAUGCAUGCUCUUGGAAAGGAUACGUUGCGUUGUAGAAAUGCUGCAUUUGUUGCUGCAGUGGAUGCAUUACAAGAAGCCUCGGCUGCAGAAUGUAUCAUCCGAUGCAUGAGCAUGUUUUCAAAACUGUGUGAUCACGACCUGCAAGAUUCUCCUGGAUGCUUAGUUGAACGAUUUCUAAACCUCCAUCAGAACAUUCAGCAAGCAUCAGCAGUUGUUAAUGGAUUACUGGCAAUGAAAUCUCCAGAAGGGAAAAUCAGUUCUAGUAGUGGACAGGUUGCAUUACCAGAAGCUUGCAAAAACUCAACGACUGUUAAAGCUGUGGAUGCUACAUCAUGGGUCCAGGCUGCUUUAGAUACCGACCUUUCCAAAUUCUCUCUGUUUGUCAAGCAGGAUAGAAAAGAAACUCUGCGCAACGAGAAAUGUUAUUAUAUUGUCUUGGAAAAUUCUAACUCAACCUCAACUAAAGAUGUCAAUCGUAAGGGCACUUCACCUCAGAACAAAGCAAGCCCCAAAAUUUCGGGAAGCAUGUCUGAUCUGAGCACCAAGAAAGUUCCUUCUAAAAAGCGGCUUGUGGUUCCUGGAGCAAAGAGGACAAAUACUGAGAAGGGGAAAUGGUCACAAGGAAGUAGCUUGAUGGAGACAGCAUCUCUAGCAAAACAGCUGCUCUUGUUAUCUGGUGGAUGGUUCUUGAAAUACUUGGAGGAUUCAUUGAGCGAUGGUUUUGGAUUAAAACGAGGGGAAGAAGAUGAUGGGAUCGCAGUUCUCCUAGGGCAGCUUAAAAGGGUAAAUCAGUGGUUGGAAGAUGCAGUCGGUGAUGACAUCGAGGUUAAUGAAAGAAUAGAGAGCUUGAGAAAGAAACUGUAUGGAUUUCUAUUAGAACAUGUUGAUGCUUGUGUGCUUCCUAGUAGACAGGGAAUGUGCUGAAGGGAGGUCACUCAGGAGAUGUUUUCCUUUGAAGUAUCCAUACAUAAAUGCUACUUGCAAAUCUGGGUUUUUUUUGGCGAUGAGGGUGGAGACUUGUCAUUGGUGGGUUGAAGCUGUUCUUUAGCAGUGCAUUAUUUUUACUGUAAAAUUUUCCUAAUCAUUACUAACCCAAAAGCUAUAUUCAGGGAAACUAUUGAGUCCCUUUCUUGUAUUCUCCUGACUAUUAUUAAAAUGUACAGUUGAGAGCUAAACUAAGUUGUUUUCAAUGAAAAUUCAUCUCUUAAUGCUCUUUUAAA